CUGUCAGCGCAUCUACAACAAGUAGACUUAAAAUAUUUCUUAAAUUAAAAGUUGCUAUAUGCGUUUACAGGUAUCGAGACAACAAAUUCAGAUUUGAACUCGAACAGAGACAACGUAGGUCGUCCCGCUGCUUCGUUUUGAAGACCACGAUGUCAAGUUUUUUGCUGCAAGCCCCUUGUUGAUCAAGAGCACCUUUGUUUACAUUUAGAGAAGAGAGAUCCUCCGGGAUGGGGUGUUCCUCCGUCCCAGCCGGGCUGGCUGUCCCAGGGCAGGUGUCGGAGUGAGGCUGAGCCGUGUUGCCAGUCUCGGUCCAGGUCCAAGACUGCUUCAUUCAAGGCCCAGGCAGAGAUGGAGUUUGUUUCUGCACGGAGGAAGGUGGGCGUCGUGCGGCAGGAGAAUGCCCGCCUCACCCCGCAGGACGAGCAGCUCAUCGAUGCACUGCAGUACGAGCUGGGACCCCCCACGUCUCAGGUUCUCGGAGGUUCCUGGACGGGCGUGAAUAACAGCGUGGUCGGCAUGAGCGAACAGAUUCGUCAGCUGGAAGCAGAGCUGGAGGCUCAGAGCAAAGAACUAAAGGCAGCGAAGCUGAGGGCCGAGUGUUGUCAGGAGGAAACAGCUCAGGGUGACAUCGUGGUGGCGGCACUUUCUGAAGAACUGCAGACGCUCAGAGACGAGCUGGACAACAAAACAGCUCUGGGAAAAAGAGCCGAGCAACAAAGGAACCAAGCUCUUCAAAAUGCAGAGAGACUCAGAGAAGCUUUCAAAGAUUAUAAGGCUUCGGUUUCCAUUAAGCUGAAGAAGGUAAUGGAGAGUGAGAGCCAACUGAAAGAGAGUCUGAUUGAGUGUGACGGAGAAAAAGAAGAGCUGCAAGUGAAAUUCAGACUGUUGGAACAGGAAAAGCUGCAACAUGACCGGACCAUCAGCCAGCUGCAGGAGAAGGUGAGGAACGUCAAGGCCACAGCAGCCGACCUCCAAUCCCAAGCCGAGGAGUCGCGGCGAAAGUCCUCCGAGAUGGAGCGGCAGCUCGCGGAGCGCACCGCCGAGUGCACGCAGGCUACGUCUCUGUGCAGGGAGCUGGGAAACCUGCGGGCUCUGAACCACAGCCAGGAGCAGAGGUUGGCCCAGAGCCACAGAGAAGCUGAGCAGAGCCAGGCGGAGCUGGCCGGCCUGGAGGCCACGCUGGCCCUGCUGCACGUACGGCAGGGUCCUGGGGGGCCAUUCUGUGCCAGUCCUUGCAUGUUGCCCCAAAUUGACUAUUCAGGGACUGCACAGCUGCUGAAGCUGAAGCCAGGUGAAGGCUAUCAGCAGCUGCUGCGAGCGCUGCAGACGAUUGAGGCUGAGCGGCUGAGACAGAUGGGCCUGAAUGAGCGGCUGCAGGAGCGUCUGAGCAGAGCCCAGGAGGAGAUGUCCUCCCUGCAGAGCUCCAUGGCCCAGAGAGCCUCCCACUUCCAGAACCUGCACUCAGAGCUGCUGGACAAAGCCAGCCAAGCUGCCGACACCGAAAAGGAGUUGAAGAGAAAAAGUGCACGAGCCGCUGCGCUGGAGAAGCAGCUGCAGGAGAAGACCUCUGCAUACAGCCUGGCUGCGCUCAAGAAAACCGAGCUGGAGAAUCAACUAACGGAGAAGACGAGCAGACUUCAACAUUAUCAGUCACUGAUGACCCAGAAGCAAAGGGAGUACCAGCAGUCUCUGGAGGGCUGUAAACAAUCCCAGUCCCAGCUGCUCACGGAGCAGCAGCACAGGAUAGAAAAGCUCCAGCGGUCCGUGACGGAGGCUCAGUCCCGAGUUCUGGAGAUGGAGCAGGAGCUGAGGUCCCUCCAGGAAGAGCGGGAUGCAGCCCAGAGAGCAGCCGUCCAGCUGCAGACCUGCCUCGACCGGCUGGCACAGGAGCAGCAGGCCGAAGCCAAACUCAAGCAGGAGUUAUUGGAGAGUUUCAAAGAACAGACAUCUCGGUCUGCAGCGAAGAUAUGUGAGCUGCAGUCGUCUCUGUCAGCUUGUAAGGAAAAGCUGAAAUCCUUCCUGCGGCACAUGGAUGAAGUAAAGAGCGACUACGAGACCAAGCUGCGGACCAAACGUGACCAGGUGUCCUCCCUGCAGGAGAAGCUCCACAGCACCAACCUGACCUGCCAGAGCUCCACGGAGCAGAACCUGCAGCUGCAGCUGUGUCUCCAGCAGCAGCAGAGCAUGCUGACUGAAAGCACGGCGCGGGUGUCCGAGCUGGAGGAGAGCCAGAGCCAGCUGCAGAGCCAGGUAUCCAGUCUGGAGCAGCAGGUGGAGCGAGCUCGGACGUGUCUGCAGGACGAAGUGAGGAGCAGAGAGCAGGACGCCCAGACGUCUGACAAAACCCUGCAGGAGAUGAAGCAGCACAACGCUCGGCUCUCCAAGUCGAUCAGCCAUCUCACCUCAGAGAUGGAGAAAUGUCAAGCGGAGCGGCUUUCUAAAGAGUCAGAGUUGGAUCAUCUGAAGAGGGACGUUUCCUUGAAGAACUGUCGGAUCAGCAGCCUGGAAGAGAAACUGGGGAGCGUGAAGAGCCAACUGGUCAGCAAGACUGACACGGUUGAGGAUCUGGAGAAGAAGCUCCAUCGCAGCGAGGCAGAACAGCUCUAUUCUGUGCAGCGAGUCCAGAUCCUGGAGGGGCAGCUGCAGGCGGCGCAGGGAGAACUGGCCGGUGCUCUGGAGCGGCUGCAGGAACUCAGGGACGUUCUGCAGAGAACCCAAACCAUCUCGGAGGAGCGGGAAGCCCAGGUGGACAAACUGACUGUCCAGCUUAGCGAGGCCCAGAGGGACUUGGAGGACAGGACUCACGAGGUUUUAGAUUUGGACAAUGCCCUGAAGGAGAGACAGGGGGAGCUCCAGCAGAGAGCCAAGCUGCUCGGCCAGCUGGACGCAGCCAUCAAAGAUCACAAGCAGGAGAUGGAGAUGAAGGCGGAGCGUCUGCAGCGGAGCCUGGAAGCCCGGGAGAGCCAGCUGGAGGAAGUUCAGAGGGAGCUCAGCAGCAGAAACACAAAGGGAACAUGGGAGCUCGGUGUUUGUCAGCAGAAACUUCAGAAAGCUCUCGAAGAACUUAAAGAGACCCAGCUUCAGCGUGAGGCUCUGACCAGAGAGCUGGACGCCACCAAGAUGCGAGCAAAAGAGAAGGAGGCCGAGCUGUGCAGCUUGGAGGAGGAGGUGGCUCUGAAGGAGGCGUGCUGGCUGCAGGCCGAGGCCAAGCUGCAGAGCACGAUCUCGGCCUUGGAGCAGCAGCUGGAGCUGGAGAAGGAGCAGCACGGCACGGAGCUGGAGUCUCUGCAGCAGACUCGCGGCCAGCUCCUCAAAGUCUCGGAGCAGAUCUCCUCCAGCAUGCGCUCCUCCCAGGAACAGCUCGCCCUGAAGCUCCAGCAAAGCCACACACAGCUGGAGGAGGCCAAGGCGCUCUGCGAGCAGACCAAAGCCCAGCUGGAGCAAACCAGAACUGAGCUGGAUUACGCCCGCGCCGAGGCCGGCCACCUCCAGACGGAGCUGGAGCAAAGCCGGGCCCGGGACCGCCAGGGUAGAACCGAGCUGGAGCAGAGCAGGAUUCUGCAGGAGGAAACCAGAGCCCAGAAGAGUCGCCUGGAAGCGCAGCUCCAGCAGCUUGAGGCGCAGCUACGUCAGAGCCGAAUUCAGCUUCACGCCCCUGAGGAGACCGUGGAGACUCCCAACGACCUGCUCAUCACGGAGUCUGAGACGACCCGCCUCCAGGCCAGGAUCUCCGGUCUGGGCCGAGCUGCUGACAGACAGAACCUGAACAACCACACGCUCCCCCCCGCUUUACCUCCUGCUUCCCCCAAACGCCUACAAACACCCCUCUGCACCUCGUCACACGCUCCCUCAGUGCCGGCAGGCCUCGCAACGCAAACACAACCUCGGCCGUUGAACCCUGCUCCCUCUGCUCCCUCUGAUCCUCGGCCCGCGUCAGAGCUCAGUGACUGGCAGCAGAUGAUCGGCAUCGACUCUUCCUUGGACCUGCCGCCGAGUCUGAAGGCCACGCUGAGGGAGGUUUUUAACAAGCAGCCAUGGGACUGCUCCUCAUCCUCCGUCUCAUCCUUCCCUGAGUCCGUGGACCGCAGCUGGCAAGGCCUCGGCGCCACGGACGCCUCGGUAGUCUCUGACGUCUCCUUCAACCCGCUAACGUACGUGGUGGACAAGCAGGGGGACCCCGACACCGAGGCCCGCUCCUCGCUGCACGGACGGGAAGAGCCACACAGUGAGUCCAGGAGGAGGGCGUCCACGGGCACGGUGGGGGGGCAGGAGGAUGAGACGGAUCUGAGUUCACUGACGGAGAUGCUGAGGUUUGUGAAUCAGACGUUAGCCAGGCAGGAAGACCCCUCGGUGUGGACGUCCACGUAGCCGACGCCGACCUGAACCCUGCACUCCAGGGCAGCUCGGGCAGCUCGUCCACCGGAGGAAAAUACGACCGCAAGUGUGAAAAAGUCGGGACAGUAUGGGAAAUACAAGUUAAAACAUUAAUACAGGAUUUUACAGGUCCACAAAAUGUACCAAUGUAUGUUCGUAUUAUAUCAACAAGUGAUUGUAGUGGUUAAAUAUAUCAGCUGUAAAGGUCAGAAGAGAAACGUUUGGAAGGGAUUUUCAUAUUUCUCCUUCCACAGUGAAUAAUAUCAAUAGAGCUUUUGAGGAAUUUUAUCGUAUAUAAGACAAAGACAGAUCCGCAGGACGCUGAUCUCAGAUCAGGUGGCACUAGAUCCAGAGCCAUCGUUUAUUAUUUGCAGAUGUAACGGCCUCCAGUCCUGACCAGCAGAACAUCGGGAGAGUUUUGAAGUAAAAACCUUAUUUCCAAAACACUUUUCAAGAGCUGUGAGGCAUUUCAUGAGGAAAAAAAACAAAAUAAUUUUAGUUCACACAGUCUGCAAAGAAAUCAAAGUAGAUUUAAGUUUAUAUUAUAUAUUUUUUUGUAUUUCCCAUGUUGUCCCAACUUUCUUUUUUUCUGAUUUUUCUCUGCCCUUUGUUGUAUUUUACUGCUUUUCCUGCUCGUUUGUGGUUAAAUGUCAACGUUUCUUCUGCCGGCGUUACCUCACAUCCUGUGUAUACGUGAUGUACAGUCCUGCUUUGUGCUGGUUUCAUUUGGCUAAAAGCUGAGCUGCAAGAUAUUUUCAUGAAGAUAAAUAUUUGCAAGUUGACAUCAUUCACAAAUCAAUGUAAAACUAUCAGUCACUGUUGGCAGCAAGAGCCCAGGAUUAAUUAAGUGGUCCUUCUCCUCUUUCAGGUUUACAUGAUCAGCAGCCUCUUGUGACCUUAAAUACGUACCACAGUCUUGUAUUUAUUAACAUUUUUCAUGAUGUUCGUCCUCGUGAGUGUGUUUGGAAAAUUGCCUGGAAAAAGAUGAGUUGGUCCAUUUGGAGUCUCAACAACAUCAGCUGUUACUGUUAUAUAAAUGUAGGAUUUUUAUUUCUAUUUGUUUAUUUUGUUCCUUGUUUCAUGACUCGUAUUUAUAUAUUUGAAC